AUGUCUCGCUCAGAACAAGAAUCGUUGGUGGCCCAGUUAUCCAACCUGAGCAUUGAUGGCACGACGUCUGCGCCCUCGGACGAAGGCGACUUACAUCGGCCUGCCGACCUAGAACAGUCACACCUCCUACCUCUCACUAUUCAAAGAGCUUUUAGGAGAGUUCAUCUUCAGCUACUACCGGAUCGUACGCCGUGGCCAGACCCAUUCGCUCUGUCCCAUCGGCUCCGAAGCUCUUUGGAUGGUAUUGAAAACAACAACUUCAUGUGGUCUCGCUAUGUUAGAGAAGUUCAUGCGAUCACUGGCGAAGACCUUCCCGAUGCCAUACCUGCUACAUUCCCGUAUGAUCACUCAAUCACGGCCACGCGCCUCUAUGAGGACUUCCGUGUUCUCUUUACGUGGCGUACAGUACCUACCGACUCGCCGUUCCAUUUCCAUGCUCCUCUCGCUGUUCACUUCUUGGUCGCUUCGGCGGACACACAUUCUUUAGCACUUAGACUUUCCGCAGUCGUUUCAAGGUUUUCACUUGAGUGGCUUGACCACUACACAGAGGCGACUAUGCUUUUUCAUUCAACGGAGGCGACUAUUGGGACAUUUUUUUGCACAGAGCAGUUACGUGACACGUUUAAUUUUGCAACACAAAUGUGCCGUGCAAAUUUCCCACUACAGUUUAUCUACAAAACAGAUGGUGAUGAGAACGCUGUCACCAUCAGCAACUCCUCCGUUCUCGCAACCGAACGUGACCUCGAAACUCUGCUAAUGCUGACAGAUAGGUAUUUUGCAUACUAUUAG